AGGACAAAGCAAAUAAGAGAUGGUACAAAAGAGUGAAGGGGUUGCAAUUGUAGAUAGCAAAGUAUUAGUGAAUAGUGACAAUUAAAAAGCUCUGAAAAAAUGAAAAGCUCAUCAAAUAAUGGUGAAAGUGGGAGGCUAUCAUCCGAAAACGAUGAAGAGUUGCCAAAAAUGGCAAUAUCUUCAUUUCAAGCUAGAGAAGAAGAGAUUGAGAGGAAGAAGAUGGAGGUUAGAGAGAGGGUUGAAAUCCAGCUAGACCGCGCUGAGGAAGAAACCAGGCGCUUAGCACAAAUUUUGGAAGAGCUCGAGGUGUUGUCUGAUCCCAUGAGGAAAGAAGUUGGGAUUGUUCGUAAAAGGAUUGACAUUGCGAACCGAGAGCUUAAGUCCCUCGGCCAGAGCAGCCAAAAGAAGGAGAAGGAAUACAAAGAAGCAUUGGAUGCCUUCAAUGAAAAGAGUAGGGAAAAGGAUCAACUAACAACCACAUUAGCAAUGCUUGUGAAUGAAAGUGAAAAAUUGAGAAUGAAGAAGCUGGAGCAGCUGAGCAAGAUUAUGGAUCCAACAGACUGAAAAAUUCUACUACUGAAUGUUUUCCAGUUUAGUAAUUUUUUUUAUUUGUUUAUUUUUGGCAUGGAAGUUGUAGAUGGAAAUGUGAUAUAAAUUACUUCAAUUAUGUUACGAAUACAGAAACUAAUAAGAAAAUAUAAAUAAAUUAACAAGAUUUCAUAAAA